UUAAAAGGAGCAAAGCAGUACAUGAGACCAACUGGGAAUGUUUAAGUCUCUGAAACUCUGCACUGAAAAGCAAAAUGAAAUGGCUAACUUUAGCUUAACCGCUCUGGAGCAUGAAGAAACUUUAAUUUUGGAUUAUCAUCCUGACUACUGAAACCCAAGUUUACCAGACAAGUACAUUUAUUCUGUUUCAAGACACAGCGUUUCUUUAACAUUUAUAAUCCAAUGAGUUGGCUUCAAUGACUACAUUUUUCAAAGGUUGCUUGUUGGUUAACUAAGCCCUGGAUUUACAGAUUUUCUGGUGACUAGAAAAUGAGACCAUUGAAGAACAAAGUGGAAACUUUAUAACAAAAGAUUUCACGUUUCUUUUGGAAGUUCUGGAGAAAAGGGAAAUACUGAUAAAACCAUCCAAAGAUCCAAAGGGUUUGCAAAUACACUGGAGGUUUUAAAGUGGCCACAAUCUGAAUACCAAAGCACGCUGCUGCAGACCAAAGGACUUCAACACUUGUAGGCUGGACCUGCCUUACAAUGGUAAGCCUUAACAGUUCCCUCUGCUUCUACGAUGACUCCUUUAAGUACACUCUGUAUGGGUGCAUGUUUAGCAUGGUGUUUGUGCUGGGGUUAAUAGCCAACUGUGUUGCCAUAUACAUUUUCCUCUGCGUCCUCAAAGUGCGAAAUGAAACUACAACGUACAUGAUUAACUUGGCAAUGUCAGACUUGCUUUUCGUUUUUACUUUACCCUUCAGGAUUUUUUACUUUACAACACAGAAUUGGCCAUUUGGAGAUUUACUUUGCAAAAUUUCAGUGAUGCUGUUUUACACCAACAUGUAUGGAAGCAUUCUGUUCUUAACCUGCAUUAGUAUAGAUCGAUUUCUGGCAAUCGUCUACCCAUUUAAGUCAAAGACUCUAAGAACAAAACGAAAUGCAAAAAUUGUUUGCAUUGCUGUCUGGUUGACUGUGAUCGGAGGAAGUGCACCAGCAGUUUUUUUUCAGUCUACCCACUCUCAGGGGAACAAUACCUCAGAAACCUGCUUUGAAAAUUUUCCAGAAGACACAUGGAAAACAUAUCUCUCACGGAUUGUAAUUUUUAUUGAAAUAGUGGGAUUUUUUAUUCCUCUAAUUUUAAAUGUAACUUGUUCUAGUAUGGUGUUAAGAACUUUAAAUAAACCUGUUACAUUAAGUAGAAGCAAAAUAAACAAAACUAAAAUUUUAAAAAUGAUUUUUGUACAUUUGAUCAUAUUCUGUUUCUGUUUUGUACCUUAUAAUAUCAACCUUAUUUUAUAUUCUCUUAUGAGAACACAGACAUUUGUGAAUUGCUCAGCAGUGGCAGCAGUAAGGACCAUGUACCCAAUUACACUCUGCAUUGCUGUUUCAAACUGUUGCUUUGACCCAAUAGUUUACUACUUCACGUCAGACACAAUUCAGAAUUCAAUAAAAAUGAAAAACUGGUCUUCUAGGAGAAACGACUCCAGGUUCUCCGAAAUUCAAGCCUCAGAGAACUUUAUUCAACAUAACCUACAGACCUUAAAAAAUAAGAUAUUUGACAGUGAGUCUACAAUAUAAGCUGCCUGAAAUAAAAACCACUGGGACUUCACUGAGACAGACAGAACCUCCAAGUUUCUUCAACUGUGAAAAGUUUUUUUCUUGGACAACUA